GCUGUCGUUCGAAUAAUCGCAAGGCAAGCCAACAUGAUGGAGCCUUCGUCACCCGAUGUAGCUGCGGCAGCGCUUGCCAUGAACGAUCGAUCUCAUGGCCUUCAUUUUGAGGUGUCAGUCGAAGACGGCGGGGAUUUGGAAGGUGGCACGAUGUCGCCCAAGGCCGAAGACGGUCUCUUGAAAGGGAAGAGUAGUCGCCCUGCGGGUGGUCUGUGCAGCUGCUUCACGCUGGCGUUCUAUCAACCCUACUUCAACGUGGACACGAUCGACAUUCAAGUGCGCUUGACGCGAGCACUUCUUCCCUUCAAGCAAGACCCGAGCUUCAAGGACAUGGCGCUCAACGCUCCCGACGCGUACGGUCCAUUUUGGAUCAGCGCCACGCUGGUGUUUUGCCUGGCCAGCUGCAGCAACAUUGCGUCCUGGCUGGAUCACACGGGAGACCCUACGCUGUGGUCCUACGACUUUAGCCGCGUCGCCACCGCCAUGACCAUUGUCGGGCUGUACCUGCUCGGGUUGCCCGUAGUGCUGUGGGGUGUGGGGAAAUACUGGGCGGUUCCGUUGCCACUGUCGUUCUUGAUCUGCCUCUAUGGGUAUUCCCUCACGGUGUUCCUUCCAGUGAUGUUUAUCUGCACGGCUCCCGCCGAUGCCGUGGAUUGGGUCGCGAUGCUCAUCUCGAUGGCGUGGUCGUGUUACUUUCUCCUGAUCAACGUGUGGGGCUAUGCUGCCGAGUACUUGUCCAAGGAGAAGCUGCUGCCGUUCCUGUCGUUUAUCGGGGCUACGAAUCUGCUGUGGGUGAUCUUGGUCAAACUCCUCUUCUUUUAAAUAGCGCUGCGUCCGGGUGUGCCAGUUGUUUAACUCGAUCACGUUAUAUUCAAAUGAAACCGUUAUAUUCAAUAUUGUCG